AUGGUGAACAAGCUGUCAGUUUCAGGAACAAUGUCUGCUCCAGUAUUUCCACCACAAAGAACCCUGCCCAGAUCCUGUAGCUCUUCAGUUGAAUUAUGUCCACACUCCUUUGAAUCUGGCCUGGUCCUCAGAGAACAGAAUUGCUUCAUAAACCAAGGCUCUCAAAAUGAUUACCUUGAUAGCUUUGAUGGGAGUUUCUGUGAUGUAACAGAGACCUUGGAUGAUUCCUCUUAUGAAGGCGACACUGAGGUUCCUGAUUUGAAACUUGUUCGUAAGAUUGUGAGCCAGGUGGAAUUCUAUCUUUCUGAUGAGAACUUGUCUCAUGAUGCUUUCUUGCUCAAACACGUGCAAAAGAAUAAAAUGGGUUAUGUCAGCAUCAAACUGCUCACCUCAUUUAAAAAGGUAAAAAAUCUCACACGGGAUUGGAGAAAAACUCUGUACGCUCUCCAGUUUUCUGAAAUUCUUGAGAUCAAUGAGGAACAAACUAAAGUGAGGAGGAAAAUACCAAUUCCUGACAUUCUUUUAGGUCUCCCACCUACCAAGCUACUACUAGCUUGGAAUUUUGAUGAUACAGAACAAAGACCACCAACAUGCCCUCAGACACUUAUGGAGACUGUUACAUCUCUCUUUGCACCUUAUGGAGUCGUUACUUCUGUUCGCAUCUUGAAACCAGGCAAAGAAAUCCCUUGUUAUAUUAAAAAAUAUAUAUCUAGAUACCCUGAGCUAGCUACCAAAAGAUGUGCUUUAGUGGAAUAUGAGAAUUUGGAAGGGGCCAGGAAAGCACUUGAGGCACUCGGUUUGAAGCAGUGUUCAGCUGAUUUUUCAUUUAAGGUAAUACCAGUAAGUGGACGGGGCAUACGUAAGAAUAGCGGUAUGGAGUCCGAUGAAAUUGAAGACUCUGAGUUGCCCAACAAGAAAGUGCUUAAGACGCAACGUAGACCUUCAGAGAGGAGUCUUUAUGCCAUGGAUGAUGUUGCAUUCUACAGUUCCUCUGAGUCAGAUAGUACACCUGCCUCUCCUGUCUUGCUACCCCGUUAUCUCUCAUCAUCAAACUUUGCCAGCCCAAGUGCAUUCAAGCCACAUUCCUUUAGUAGUCCUCGCUCCAGUCCGCUGCUUGCACGAAAGAACCUCACCCAGCCUCAUCAUCAUAACCCAUCUCCAUUAGCUGCAGAAUUGACAAGUGGGUUUUUUUCCAGCCCUGGUACAAGCCCAGAAAUUUACAGAAGGAUCCCAGAGUUUUCUUUGGACAGUGGUUUUGGAUCUACUAGUCCUUGGGUGCAACGCCGCAAAGCUGCUGCCCACAACCAGCGAUCAGAGAACAAGACGUUACCUUGCAGCCCUUUAGCAGUGAAGAACUCCACUAUUUCAAUUGGUGUUCCCAAUGGAAUUCUCCGUCUUCCACGUGGACCAGAUGGAAGUAAAGGUUUUCACAACAAUAUUGGUCGAGGAAGGCUGGUACUAAGACACUAA